AUAAAGAAUAACAUCUAUUCCAUACCGUGGAGAGUCGGAAGGCAUAAAUGCGUCCUGAAAUCGGAAUUUAGCUUUUCAAAUAUCUGCUUCAAAGAACUGAGCUUUUUCGACGAAGUUAAACAUCAUCUGUUGCGUGGAGUCUAAUAACAUGUAGGUGGUAGUUUUUCCAAAGUUGCAGGUUUUACUAUUCUGCCAGAGUUUGGAACCCGUGACAUGUUGAACUCCCCCCCCAUUACUGUGAGCUGAAGGAGACCCGCUUUAAGGUAGCUGAAAAACAUCAUCCUUUGGAGUUCAUAGUCUAUUUAAGUCCUCCAAUAUGUCAGGUCGAAAGGAAACUGUGCUGGAUUUAGCAAAGUUUAUUGACAAAGGAGUUCAAGUAAAGCUCACUGGUGGCAGGCAGGUGACAGGUACCCUGAAAGGCUAUGAUCAACUACUAAAUCUUGUGCUUGAUGAAGCAGUUGAAUUUCUCAGAGAUCAAGAUGAUCCUCUCAAGACUACUGAUCAGACGAGGCCCCUUGGUCUAAUUGUUUGUAGAGGGACUGCUGUUAUGCUUGUUGCACCAACAGAUGGAACUGAUGAGAUCGCAAAUCCAUUUGUUCAGACUGAUGCUGCUUAAUUGAAUUAAAAAAUAUAUUUUGAUAAAUAUGGGAAAUAGAAACUUGUAUUCUUUGUUCUUUUGUACAAGGAAAUACAUUUUUGUUUUCAAAUGCUAUGCAAUAGCAAACUUAGCUAUCCUUUUGUGGAUGUACUGUUCCAACGGAUUGAAAGGCAUCAUCUAUGGAAUGGAAAGCUUUUCCGCAGCAAAGUUCGAUUGUGAAUGGAAAACUAAGACUACAUAUUAUAUUGUUUUUCGUUAUUCAAGACAGCAGUCCAUGCUAUCAUAAAGAUUAAGGAAUACAUAUAACUACAAUUUACCUGUAA